UUUAGUGUUUUUUAUGAGUUACUACUAAGUCAUUAGACAUGAAGAUCAUUCCUUUCAUAUUCAUCGCCAUCAUGACAUCAUUUCCGGCUCCAAUCAAAGUCGUUGAUGCCAAAAAAGAGCUACCAUUUUGCAAUCUGGAGCUUCUACCAUGCGUCCAACCCUUUCUAGUUAACGGCCAGGGAGGUAAACUGCCUACUGGCUGUUGUGAGAAACUGAAAAAAUCCACAUCAUGUAUGUGUAGAUUCCUUACGGCCAAGGAACGAAACCUAGGAUCAGCUGCUCACAGAAUGCUCUGGUGGUGUCAAAUUGCUGUACCCAAAUGUCCCAAAAUCUAGAGAUUAUAGGUUUAUGUUCCUCAGCCAUAAUUAUGAUAAAUUUUGUUAAUUGA